AUGGGGAAGGCUUCAGCUGUUGAAGGGCUGGUGCCAAGCAAGUUGCUAAAGCAGCAUCUGAAAGCUUGCAAGGCGUCUCUGACAAAAUGCGGGCUGUGUGCUUUACACAACGCAUGGAAAAAACACAAAAAGCCGUGGCUCAGGGCAAAAUUAGUCAAUGAGGAAAUCAAACUCGGAUGCGCAAUUUGUGCAACAGAUGGCUUGCCAGGACCGUGGGCAGCUUUCGAACAAGAGCCAGCAAACAUUUUGAAAAAGAGCAACCUUGAAAGACAUGAAAAAUCACAAUUGCAUGUGAUGGCAUGCAAAGGCGCCGCCAGAAGCAAUGCGUCUGCAAAAACAGGACCUCCCAAGGCAGAUUUUGAAGAUGCCAUGAAAUCGAUGAUGCAAGGAGGAUCCAGCCGACAGGGUGGUUCGGCAAGUGAUAAAAAAAGUCGAAUAAGGUACGCUCUGUCGGAAGCAAUUUGCGCUCACAACAGAAAGUUGCUUUCAGAGGCGCACUGCUUGGCCCUGAUGCGUGAUGAGCGCAAAGGCAACCUUCUUCUGCGAUUUAAAGCAGUGUUGCCUGAUUUGACCAUUGUCUCGGGUUCCUUGGGCCUACAGGCACUGGAAGGUUCAGCGGAGAGCAUCGCCACGGCGACUGCUCAGAUCAUGCAACACUUCUGCCAACCUUGGAAGUGUCCACCACGUGGCUCUGCCAAGGCAGAAGGCGUAGUGGAUGAAGACUUGUUGCAUCGAUUGAAGCACCGUGUCUCAAUCAUUGUCACGGAUGCUGCAUCGGCAGAACUCUUGGCAAGCGAUUUGCACCGCGGGGUCCGUCGUGCAGCCGACCAGACCCAAACAUUGGACAUUGCUAUGCGGAACAUCAAAAUCGUCGGCCGAGACUGCGCGCAUGCUACAACGAGACUGCUAAAGCGACCGUUUUCCAAGAGUCCUACCUUGAACAGUCUCAUGCAGGAAUGGAUCCAUGGAUCUGAUUCCUUCUGUCAGAAAGUUUGGCAUUCGCCGCUUCUCAGCAAGUGGUGGGCUAAGGCCAUUGGACAUGGAGCGGAAGAGUUGGGAAUUGACGGUGAUUGCACCUCACUGAGUGCGGCCAAGCACCGUUUCGCAACCUUUCUGAAUCCAUUGUCUCGGCUUUGCAAAAACCUGCAAACGGUUUUUGACGUCUGCGGACGGGUGCAAGCCAUGCGAGGUGAAGAGGCGUCAUGGGCUGGAAAGCUUUGUCGCAACUUCAGUGGCUUCAAGGCGGCUUUACUGGCUUUGUGUGCUGAUGCUGCCUCCAUCUGUUCGGAUUUCACUCGUUACAGUGAUCGGGAAGAUAUGGACUUAGCAACAUUGAACCUGCAUGCGCAAGGGUUUUCAGACCGCGGACGUGCAUUGUUCGUCGAAGGCCAGGCGUUGACAUUGCCAACCUACACCAGGGAAUUGAUGGAACGAUCUGAUCCCAUCACUAUCAUCGUAGACGGGUUUGCGAAAGAGGUCAAAGAAUGGCUCUGCGUCGCUGAAGAUGUAUUGAAGCAAGAAUUUCCGAGCUGGCAUUUGCUUGCAUGCUUUGAUGUCUUCCAUUUGUCCGAGCACGGACAGAAGACAGACGUCAAACGAAGUUUGGAAAAAUUGGGCAAAGCUUUCCGUGUAUCAGAUGCAGGGUUAAAAGAGCAGUAUCAAAAGCUGCUUCCGAUUGCCUUGUCUAUGCACAAGCAAGGCGGGCUACCCAAUCGGGACGCAUGGAAGGAAGCCUAUGCUCGGACACGGCCAAGAAAUGCUUCCCAAGGCAAAUAUUAUGCGCCAGACUUGUUUGAAGUACUGGCAGCUUACAUGGCAUGGACUAGUUCGUCCAGUGGGGUCGAGCAGCAAUUUUCCAAAGUGAAGAGAAGCCCCGUUGAGCUGUCAAGCAGUGCUGCAGACAUGGAUCGGCGCAUGGCUAUUGUCAUGGGCGAAGGUAGCAAGUCCGAUGCCUGUCGGGCAGCAAUUGUUGAAGCAGCUCAGGACGUCUACUGUGACCUUUUGCGGUCAGGUGUGGCACGAACACGACAAUGCAAGAGAUUCGAUGCAGGCACUCAUCGCGCUGGCCGACAAGGGUCUCAUGCUCAGUGGAACAGAGAUCGCAAGCAGGCCUUGGACCAAGCUGUUUCGCAGUGUAGCACACCACUGCGUAGACCUCGGCAGGAGUUGCCGGAGUCGCUCGAAAAGGAAAGGGACUUCCAGAAAGAAAAGGAACGGAAACGUAAAGCGGAGGCUUUUAAUGACGGCUUGCUGUUAGAGGAUGAGGCAACUGACGACGUGAAGAGAUUGGCUGCCAAGGUGAUUCAGGAAAACCGUCAGAAGGAUGCGCAGCGGGCGAAAGCCUGUGCAAAAUACAAGCAGAAAGCCAAGCUGGCCUGCCGGAAGAAGCCAAGGCAAUGGGCUUUGAAAGACUUAGAGGCGCCAGCAUGGUUUUCAAAGAAGUUUUCCAAUCAUGCUCGAGCAGAAGCAGAAGAGCGCUUGCAGAAUGUUGGAAUCACCGACUUCACGGAGGAUAUCCGACUGGCGAAGCUAUUCGUCAUAUUGAAUUUCCAGAAAGUGGAGAACAAGGUGAAAGUGAUGGCAGCUUUGCAAGGAGGCGUCAUUCUAUCUUCAAGCGUGCUGAAUGGCACUGGUGGAAUCAAGUUGGGCUUCCAUCCUGGUCUUUCCAUUGACGCUGCUGUCUUUGCCACUUCCGAAUUUAAAAGGGAGCAGCUUGGACUGACCAUGAUGGUCCGAGAGGCCUGCCGACUUGGGUGGCAGCCUGUUGCUGCUGAAGCUUUGAAAGGCGAAAGCGUCAUUCGGGUCGCUUCGGACUGCUCUGGUCAUGGCUCAGACUUGAUUGCAUACCGGUUGCUGGGCCUUGUAAAGAAGGUACUGCCAGUCAUGAUGUCAGAGACAGAUGCUGACAAAGUUUGCUUGCACGAAGCAGUGGCCAAAAUCUGCGGAUUCAAUACUUCGAAGUUAACCAUGGUGACAGAUAUGUUCCUGCGGAAACCGGAAGACUGCAUAUCCACGCACGUCUACGUGGCUGGCUUUCCGUGUCCUUCCUUUUCGAAUCUCGGGAAAAGGAGAGGCGUUGUGGAUAGACGUGGCCUUUGCACACUGUCUGGCCCCGAAUAUAUUGCCAGAACUCGGCCAAAGGUCAUAGUUCUUGAGCAAGUGGCCUCAAUAUUACACAAGACCCAUGCCAAGGUUUGGGGCUUUGUGCUAAAAAUUUUGGCCGCGCUGAAAUACAAGGUUGUGUUCAAGAUACUGAAUACCAAAAAUUUUGCCGUGCCUCAGAGUAGACCUCGCGUCUACCUGUUAGGCGUCGCUGAGGAAAUUUGCUCCGGCAAGUUAGAAAUGCCAAGAGAAAGGACAAAGCCUGUGGACUUACACCACUUUUUGAAUAAGGGUUGCGGGGGGACAGAGGUUCUCUCUCUUCCCCACUACGAAAAACUUGUGGGGGAGAAACUUUGGAGCCGAGGAUUUGUUCUGGAUGUAGGCAGCUCGGAGCGCUUUCAGACGGUAAUGAAAAAUGUCACGCCGUGUUUGACACGCACACGGCUUCAGCAACGAGGGUAUUACAUACCUAAGCUCCGGCGCCGCUUGCUAGGCGAAGAGGCAGCCCGGCUCCAAGGAGUCCCAAGAAAAGUUUUUGAAGCAAUGCUGCAAGCUGCGGCUGCAAACGCAUUGCCCGAACGGACAGUGGAAGGGAGCUUGGGUGAUGGCAUGUCCAUUAACGUCCUUGCAGCUGUGUUGCAAAAUGGCCUUGCAGCAGCCAAGCUGGUUCGCCAAGGGCCCGAAUAUUGGCGAAUGGUUUCUGAUGGCCAAUCUGAAGUGAGCAACAUUUCCGCUUGGCGCCUGAAUAAGGCAGAACAGAAGGAAUUGGCCGAGAGGGUGGCGAAGGGAGAGUGUGAGAAAACAGCCAAAAAGGACAUUCAGAGACGAAAGGCGAUUGCAAAUGAGAAUCGCAAGAAAGCGGCGCAGGCUGUUGCAAGCAAGGCAGCAGUGCCAAAAGCUUCGGCAAAGAAAAGAUCGCCGGCGAUGAUUGCGGCUGAUGCCGCUGAACAGCAGGAAACGGCGACGCAGAAGGACCCCACGAAUGCUGCUUACUACGCAGAGGUAGAAGCAGACAUUCAAGCGAUCAGGAAAGAAUUCUCCGGAAUUGAAAAUGAGUUGCCCCUGCCCGUGUCGGCUGCCAACGGGCCUGGCGCAGAAUCUGGAGUUCAGGAGCCUUAUCAGUUGGAGAAUUGCCAGGCUGCCUUGGAGAAGCACGGCGUCUACCGUUGCAGCAUUCCGCUGUUUUGGCUCAAUUUGGUUUCCUCAGCCACUCCUGGCAUACCUAUGUCCAGACGACGUGUGUUGGAUUUGUGCGCCUACUACUAUCCCCAAGAUUCGCCGGCAUUCAUGACAGGAAGAUGCGUGGAAGUCUUGGUGGACAAGUCAAGUCUGACUGCCACCCCGUCAAAAGACACUAUGAGUGAAGAUCAGUGGCUUGCAGUUCGGGCAAAGUGGCGAGCUGUCCUUCUCAGCACACCUUGUUCUUUCAUUGGGACUGACGGGCGUGCAGAGACUGUUUGGAUCCACGGAUUCAACCGGCGCCAAUCCAUCCGGCAAGACCACGAAUCUCUUUCACGCACAGCCAUGCAAACAAGCCUCGAGAUUGAUCAAUUCAAGACAAUUGUCGAGAGUGCUCCUGGCUGCAAAGGCAAACUGCAACCGGCGCAGUUAGCAGAAGCCUUCGUGGAACUGGGUCUCCAGUCCGUGACAGGCGCAAAUGGACGAAAUGGGGACGAAGAUGGCAGGCUGACUGCCAACAUGAUCACCCAGGCGUUGAUGGUCAAGAAAGGCAUCCUUUCCUCGCCUAAGUGCGUCGAAAUUUUGAUGGAAUUGGAAUCGUCCUUUGGAUCCAAGUCGCCUUUUCAUCAAAUGUCCCGCCUACACGUGCUGAGUACCAAGCCCAGCUCACCAGAGAUGCGGGAAUGGGUCCUGCAAGGCAUCGUUGACAUGCUGAACUACGAUUUGAUUGAAGCAGGAGACAUUUCGAAAGCCUGCUUAGCUGGUGACAAACACCACGUUGGCUUGGUGCAAAUUCUCGAGAUGAAGAAGAAGGUCUGGUCACACUUCUUCGACGCCGUCUUGCCCAAGCUUGGCUUGUCUGAGGCUGACCGCACCUUGCUCAAGGAAAAGACUGCCCAGCACGACGUCUACAGAAAUCAUUCCGGAGAUGGCGACUGCAGCUGGAGGGGUCGGCUCAGCAAAAGCGCUUUGCUUGCCUUGGAUUUUUUGGAAGCUGUGACGUAUGAUCGCAAGUUGGACCAUUUCCUCAAAGCUUGUGUGAAAGCUGGCGGCCAAGUCGAAGCAUUCUUGGAAUACGAGGCUGUUAAGGAAGAGGUGCAGAAAGUCCGGCAUGCCGUAAAGAAUGAAUCUGCCGAAAAAGCCGCUGAGGGAGACGACAAUACGUUUAAUGAGGAAGGCGGGGAGGAGAAGGACCCAGAAACCCAGCAGCUUGCUUUGCUGCGCCGCCCACCGGCACAACAACCUGAGGGCUCCGAGAGUUAUUGGAGAAGCGUAGCCAAUGUACAUGUGCGCACAUACGUUACUUUGCUGACUGAACCGGCCACCUUAGAUGGCGUAGUAACUUCGGUUGCUGGAGGGCCUCUGCGUGAGGAAAAAGGAGAGUCCAGCAAGUCGACCAUUGCCAUCGUGUUGGAUUGCGAUUUGCUUGGGGAAAGCCAAGGACCAUCGAGCCAACCAUUUCUGCGGAAAAAGUUCGUGCCUGAUCAGAACCUUGUGCGCAAGCUGCUCCACGGAGCAUUGAUUGGUCGUGGCUCGCAAAAAAAAGAAUCUGGCGAAGCAACCGUCCCUGCAAGUCAAGAUUUAGUGAUUUUGCAGUGCGGUGCCGACAAGUCUGUCAAAGAAGCCGAGUCGCACUUCAAGGUCAGCUCGUCUCGGAAAGACGCACCCAUUGACUGCGAGCAUAAGGAAGUGCUGGUGGUCUUGUCCGACGGGUCCGUCCGCGGACGCAAACAGCGUGUGAAAGGGACAUAUUCUUUACGAACUUCUUUGCACUUAUUUUCCUCGGAACCUUUGGCGACCAUGGUCCCGGAAAGGCAAUUCCCAGACUUCAGUGGACACAACACUAGCGACCUCCUUGCCACCGUUUCUGUACUGCAGCCGGAGGACAUGAAAGACAAAGAAGAAGUGCUUGCUGGGCGAACCGUGACGGUCACUGAUGCCGCGGUCGAGAAGCAAGCUGCGAAGAAGCAAGCGUCCGGAGUCGCGCCUGCCGAAUCGGUGUUUUCUGCAGAAACUUUCCCUCAGAAAUUUUGGUCCAGCUUCCUGAAGGGCCACUGCUGCAAAGGUGUGCUUGCUCUCUCCAUGGGUCAAGGUGAGCUUGCCAAAGCUUGCAUUUCUGAAAGGAUUCCUUGUCAGGCUUUCACGGUGACCGAUGCCCAUGCUAAACAUUUGGAGCUGCUGCUGACGGAAUUUGUCUUGGGUCUGAUGAAGACAGAGGGAUCGUCGUUCUACCGGGCGGCUGCGGCUGGUUCCGGGGGUGGCGCAGAAGAACAGGCAAAGCGAAAGAAAGAGGGAGAUGAUCAAGAAAAGAAACCCAAGAAGCCAAAGACGGCGCCGAAGAAAAAGCAAAAAAAAGCUGUGGAAGCAGAGACGCAGAACGAGAACCAAGACGAGCAGAAUGAGGACGAAGACGAGCAAGAUUCUGAUAUGCCUUGGUAA